AUGAAGAACGCACCCUCCCCUGCUUUCCUCCGCCCCAUCGUAGCUUUCUCAGCCUUCGCCGUCCUUUUCUGCCUUCCGUUACUCUCCCAUGCCCUGGGAUCCGGCUCCACCCUCGCCGUCAUCUCCGGCUCCCCCACCGCCUGCGGCAUCGUCUCCUACCAGGCCACUCAGAGCAUCGUUUGUUUCAGACCACCAGCACCACCAAUCGUAACGCUUCAACCCAACAUCUCCUUCUCCUCGAUCUCCGGCGGGCAGGAUUUUUUCUGCGGGGUCCGUUCCGGCGGCUACGCUCUGCUCUGCUGGGAUACAUUCUCGCCGGAUAACAAUUCCGCCAUUCCCAACCAAGUCAAGCGAAUCUAUUUCAACACCUCGGUUCUGUUACAGAGCGUGUCUGUUGGUGGUGAUCGGGUUUGCUCGACCACGGCGGCGGCCGGAACCGUGAGAUGUUGGAGAGGGGAUGAGAGUACUAGAUCACAAUUGCCUCCUAGUGGAGAGAGAUUCAGCGAAAUUUCAUCUGGGUAUGGGUUUUCUUGCGGGAUUUCGGUUAACGGGAGCAGAAUUCGGUGCUGGGGAAGCCAGCCGAUCGCGCAGAGAAUCGAAUCGGGAUUCGGGGAGAUGUCGAUGUUGAGUGUUCAAGCCGGAGGGUCUCACGUAUGCGGAGUGAAUUCGACUGGGUUUGUGGUUUGCAGGGGAGACAAUUCCUCCGGACAGCUCAACGCUCCCCUGAAUUCUCCGCCUCUGGAGUAUUCACAGUUGGCGCUGGGAGCCAAUUACAGCUGCGCUCUUCGUCGGAGCAAUGGGUCGGUGGUUUGUUGGGGUGGAGACGGAGGGCUGGGGGUCAACGGGAUCGAAGGAAUCUUCUUCGAGUCCAUCGUCUCUGGCUCGAAUUUUCUCUGCGGCAUUUUGUCGAACAACUUGUCGACAAUUUGUUGGGGACCCGGAUGGCCCAGCGCUGGGGUACUUCCAUUGCCUCCAAUUCUGCCAGGUCCUUGCGUCGAAUCAUCUUCCUGCGGUGAAUGCGGCGUGUAUGGAGAUUCUCAGAACUGGUGCGGCGGUUCAGGGGUAAUCUGCAGGCCGUGUGGGUUCAACGUUUCGACAGUAGCAUCGCCUCCGCAGGAGGCGCCGUUGCCGCCAUUCCCUCCAUCGCAGUCGCCAAUUUCACCACCGCCGCCAUCAUCAUCAACAACAAGUUUGAGAAAGGGGUUGUUGUCGUUCGCCAUUGUCGGUUCACUCGGAGCUUUUGCAGGCAUAUGCACAGUCUUUUACUGCCUGUGGACGGGAGCUUGCCUGGGCAGGAAAAAAGUCCACAACUCCGUGCAACCCACAAUCACCAGAGCAGGCUCAAACAACGGCGGAGGAUCGAACAAUUCAAAAUCCUCGACCAUCCGGCGGCAGAGCUCGAAAGCAAUGAGGCGCCAGAGGAGCGGGACCUCAUCCAAGCACGCCGAGCCCCGAGCCGAAGAAUUCACCCUCUCCGAGCUCGCAGCAGCCACCGACGGGUUCGCAGCAGAGAACAAGAUCGGCGCCGGAAGCUACGGCAUCGUCUACAGAGGCAAGCUCGCCGACGGCAGGGAAGUUGCGAUUAAAAGAGGGGAAACGAGCAAGAAGGCGAAGAAGUACCAGGAGAAAGAGAGCGCGUUCGAAUCGGAGCUCUCCUUCCUCUCUCGCCUCCACCACAAGCAUUUGGUAAGGCUCGUCGGGUACUGCGACGACGGAGGCGAUGAAAAGCUUCUGGUGUACGAGUACAUGAAAAACGGAGCUCUCUACGAUCAUCUCCACGACCGGAACAACGUCGAGAAUUCGAGCAGUUUAAUCAAUUCGUGGAAGAUUAGGAUCAGAAUCGCGCUGGACGCGGCCAGAGGGAUCGAGUAUCUGCACAAUUACGCGGUCCCUCCGAUCAUCCACCGGGACAUCAAAUCGUCGAAUAUUCUCCUAGACGGGAAUUGGGUGGCCCGGGUGUCGGAUUUCGGGUUGUCGCUGCUGGGACCCGACCCGGAGAGGGAGUACCGUCCGACGAAGGCGGCCGGCACGGUGGGGUACAUUGAUCCGGAGUACUACAGCUUGAAUGUGCUGACGGCGAAGAGCGACGUGUACGGAUUGGGGGUGGUGUUGCUGGAGUUGUUGACAGGGAAGAGGGCGAUUUUUAAGGGGGAUGACGGGGAAGGGACGCCGACGAGCAUAGUGGAGUACGCGGUGGCGAGGAUCGCCGGCGGGGAGCUGUGGGGGAUACUGGAUCGGCGGGUGGGGCAGCCGGAUGUGAAUGAGUCGGAGGCGGUGGAGCUGGUGGGAUACACGGCGAUGCACUGCGUGCGGCCGGAAGGGAAGGACCGGCCGACGAUGGCGGAUAUUGUUGUGAAUUUGGAGAGGGCGUUGGUGCUUUGUGAGGGCAGCCAUGGGAGCAUCUCCAGCGGGACAAUCUCCAUUGUUUCCGAGUGA